UUCCUAAGCGAAAAUGCUGAUGUGAAAUUAACAGUGUUUACGCUCCACCCCCGCGGAGGGGGCUGUCAACUGAUCUUAUGCCAUUGUCGUUUUGGACGCGUUCGUGAAAGGACUGAACAGAACAGAUGUGUUAAAGAUGGGGUAUCAGAACAGACACUUCAUACUACUUCCUGUACACAACCGCUGACCAAACAUUUCAUAUCACAUCAUGAACAUCUGCCGGAGGUUAGGUGGGGAGGGGGCGGGACCGGAAGCAAAGGUCAAAGAAAAGGGAACCAGUUUUUACUGUCCUUUGACAUUUGCAAGAUCAUCACUUGAGCAGCCGACAUAGAUAUACGGGACACUUUGGGUAACAUCAGCUCAAUCAAAAUGAACCUGACAUCUACAUACAAUGAAAGUGAAUAUUAUUAUUUCUAUGAUAACGAAUACAAAGAUGGUGUAGAUGUGACUCCACCAGUGAAAACUGCUAUAAAAGUGAUUUCUCAGAUCUUCUACUAUCUGACGUUUCUCCUCGGAGUUCCAGGAAAUGUCUUUGUUGUGUACAUCGCUGGAAUGAAGAUGAAGAGGACCGUUAAUACGAUAUGGUUCCUUAAUCUGGCGAUUGCAGACCUCCUGUGCUGCCUUUCUACAUUGUUCAGGAUGGCAAACAUUCUUCUAGACAAUCAUUGGCCAUUUGGAUCUUUCAUGUGCAAGAUUCUUCCAUUGGUUAUGUAUGUCAGCAUGUUUGCUAGUGUCUUCAUCUUGAGUUUGAUUAGUCUGGAUCGGUUUACACAGGUGAUCACUCCAGUUUGGGCUAAAAACCAUCGAAGUCUGUUGCUUGCGCGACUGUCCUGUGUAGCGGCCUGGAUCCUGUCUAUAGUUCUUAUUGUGCCCUUUAUGAUAUUAAGAGAAGCUAAAAUAGAAGAUAACAAAAUGUAUUGCAUGUCUGUUCGUAGAGACUUUGAAACAUAUAGAAAUUUGACUAUCAUCAGGUUUGUGUUUGGUUUUUUGAUUCCUCUCAUAUGCAUCGUCACAUGUUAUGGAUUCAUCGCACAAAAGUUAGGCAGGAGUCGUUUUCACUCUGGACGAGCGUUUCGCAUCAUGUCGGCUGUUAUUGUGGCAUUUUUUCUGUGUUGGCUGCCGUAUCACACUGUGAUUUUAAUCUUGAUGUUUGGUGUGAAUGAAAGUUUCAAGGUGGCCUAUAGAUUUGCCCCAUUGGUCGUCUCUUUGGCGUAUUUCAACAGCUGUCUGAAUCCAGUUCUGUAUUUUUUCAUAGGGCAGGAUAUUAAGGAGAAGUUUAAACUUUCAUUAAAGUUAAAACAUGUUUUUGAAAGAGCUUUCUCUGAGGAGGAGACACAAAUACCACAAUCCACCGAGACACAACAAAUACAAUCAUUAUAG